AUGGAUGUGAACGUUGUUUAUCUUGUGAUAGUGCUAGCACUGUUUUGGCUCAUCUAUCGUUGGCUCACAAAAGAUCACGGUUAUUUUCACGACAAGCCAAUACCGUCGCUGGCAGCGGUACCCAUUUUUGGCAGCACCUGUGCUCUUACUUUGAGGAGAAUAUCUGCAAAUGACUAUGUUAAACAAAUUUACGAUAAAUUUGCUGGUGUAAAAGUCUUUGGCAUGUUUGAUAUCAACUGUCGCGUCUUUGUGAUUCGCGAUCCGGAACUCAUCAAGCAAAUUUCGGUGAAGGAUUUUGAAUUUUUCAUCGAUCGACGACCGAUGUUUGGCAAAAACUAUAACGACAAUCCCAACAUGUUAUUUAAUAAAGUUUUAUUCUCGUUGAGGGGUCAAAAGUGGCGCGACAUGCGAUCUACACUGAGUCCGGCUUUUACGGGCAGUAAAAUGCGUGCGAUGUUUGAAUUGAUUACACAGUACAGCGGUGGAAUGAUUCCUGCUCUACGGUCGAUAGCUGCUGAUGCGGGAUUUAUAGAUGGUGAAAUAAAGGAUUUAUUUUCGCGAAUUUCAACCGACGUUAUAGCGAGUUGUGCCUUCGGAUUGCAGGUGGACUCGAUACAGAACACAAACAAUGAGUUCUAUACGAUGGGUAGUUCUAUCGUAAACGUUUUCCGAACUUCUCUUAUACUUAGAGUUAUCGGUUUUGCAUUUUUCCCAAAACUGAUGGAAAAACUUGGAAUCGACGUCAUCGAUAGAAGCCAAAUACACUUUUUUUCGAAGAUUAUCAAAGAUACCAUACAAACCAGAGAAGCCCACGGUAUCGUUCGGCCGGAUAUGGUUCACCUGUUGAUGAUGGCAAAGAAAGGCAUUUUGAAACACCAGCAAGAAAAACCAACUGAAAACGAAGGCUUCGCAACCGUUCAGGAAUCAGACCUUGGCCCGUCUCACAGUAAAUCUCUUACAGACCCGGAAAUUGUAGCGCAGUGCCUGCUGUUCUUAUUCGGAGGACUCGAGGGAGUAUCCUCCGGAUUGACGUUCAUGGCGUACGAAUUAGCGGUGAAUCCUGACGUUCAAGAGAAACUCUUUGAGGAAAUCACCGAAAUCAACAACCAGUUAGAGGGCCAACCGCUAACGUACGAUAUUUUACAAUCGAUGAAGUACCUUGAUAUGGUUUUGUCUGAAAGCCUUAGAAAGUGGCCACAACCAAUGGUUGAUCGUUAUUGCGUCAAGGACUACACGCUGGACACAGGAGAUGGAUUGAAAUUCACCAUUGACCAAGGUACCCUCGUCUGGUUCCCGAUACACGCCAUCCAUUUCGAUCCGAAAUACUACGCCAACCCUAACAAAUUCGAUCCGGAACGGUUUAGCGAAGCUAAUCGGGGCAACAUCAACAUGGCUGCGUACCUCCCGUUCGGAGUUGGUCCUAGAAACUGCAUCGGUUCCCGCUUUGCCAUGAUGGAAAUAAAGGCUAUGAUAUACCAGCUGCUGCUUAAUUUCAGCAUCGAACCGACUGAACAAACGCAAAUUCCGUUGAAGUUCGGUUAUGGAUUGUUACCGAAUCUGAAGCAGCAUCUAAGAUUGAAGCUGAGAAAUUGA